AUGUAUGAUGAUAUGAAAUAUCUUCUUGUCUGUCCUCCAGCUGAGCAAGCCAUUUACGAAAGAGCCUUGGAAUUAUGUAUCCAGCAUCGAUUCCGAAAGGCGACAUUAUCAGAAUAUCCAGUCUUUAUUACUUACCAUAAUUUAGCAAAUGGAGAUGAAAAAAAGAUGAGAGUAGUAGUAAAUAAAAUUGUACGAGCAGAUAUGUCAUCAGAAUCAGCAUACUGGGAACAUCAUAUGAAGUAUGAGGAUCUUUUCAAACAAAAUGCCAUGUUAGGAUCUUUUAGUAUUUACGAUUUCUACCGAAUUGCUACAGGUUCUAGUACAAGGAGAGCAACAAGUCUUGAGAUAAACGAAUAUUAUAUAUAUGUCACCAUGUCUAAUUCAAAGAUGAGGACUACCACUUCUGGGUAUAAUCAUAUAGUUUGUCUUGUAACUGAUGAUCAUACGCGCAAGUUUCUCAAAAAUAUGUUAUGA